AUGGAAACCAAGCAACCUCUAAAGCCAAAGCUCAGUCAUAGGCUAGCUACCAACGAGUAUGCCUUGUGGUCUGACCAGGCUCAGAUGGACCAUGACCACUUGGGAGCAGUGAAUGAGCAGUAUUAUUCUGUGCAUAAAAACUUUAAAUUUUUUAAAUACAUCAGUCAUUUAGUGCAAGAACCAGAAGAGCAACAAGCAAUGAUAAAGCUCUCUAAGUUAGCUCCAAAAGUCGACGAGUUGAUGGAUAUCUCAUUUUUCAGAAUAAAGAAGAAGGACAGCAAACUUAUCAAUCUCUUAGAAAGUAUCAGAGUCAACAAACUCAAAGGGUUCAUUUUUAAAGCUGACAGAGACGCUUCAGUCAAAUUUAGUUUAUAUGCCAGAAGCAUCUUGAGGUUUACUAGUAAAGUCUCUCAAUUAGUAGAGAUUUCAUACUUUACAAUCCAGGAAUCCAAAAAUGCUUUUGGUACAUCCGAUAGCAUUUUUGGGAAAAUCCUAAUGAGCUGUGGAAAGUCUGCAACAUUGCGAUUCCAUCAAUGAAGCAUUACUAUCAAUGGGUUCGACUACCUUGAUAAUGCUCACCCAUUAAUCAGGAGACUAGAUCUUAGUGAGUGCACAAUUGUUCAGCCUGAAGAAGACAACCAGCUCUUAGAAGGACUCAUGCAGAAGAUGGCAAAGUCUAAGUUGAAUGACUCUUUAGAAGAAGUAAAUAUCUCCACUAUAGUCCCGAUGAGUGCAGACGGUACUAUCAUACGAAGGAUGAAUUACAAUAUCGGGAAUUUCUGUGUGAAUAUUUUAAUAUACUCAUCCUAACAAUUAAGAGAACCUUAACAACUUUGUGCCUCUUCAUUAUGCUAACUUCAUGAUUUG